UUCUAUCAAUCCAUCAUACUUAUAAGUCAUCGAUAUUUCGUAUUUGUAAAAGGCGGUAGAUAUAGAGGAUGGGUAUAGCAUCAGACUUGUAACAUAUGGGCAACAAUGGCUGGGAUUUCCAGACGAGCGGACGUGGGGAUACCGAUACUAAUAUCGUGAUGACCAUCGUUCUCGAGCCAGAGUUGGGAACCAAGCGGACGGAUCUGCGCGACGAUCCUCCAGCCGAGAAUCGCCCGUUCGAUUGUCCUCCAAAUAGCUUGCAUGAUCCACCCAAGCAAAGUGUCGAGAAGCUCGAGUAUAUAGAUACAACGUGUAUGAAUUUGGGGAAUCGCACCGAUAUCCUUUCUCAGGAAAGCAAGGCCAAACGAUUCAGGACCACAGAGUCCACGCGGGAAACUUCAAGCGGGUUCGCCGUCUUCGCGCUUACUGGAGCGCUUCGACCGAAUAUGACGCCGAGCAAUCCGAGUGACCUGACCAGAAGUCGAUUGGAAUAUCUAGCCACAAGUUUCCAUCCGAUAACCUACUCCAAGGCUACGGCGGUUGCGCGAAAAGAGGUGGCGUAUGAUUCCGAUCGAUCCUCUCCGUCUAUCAUCGUUCUCGAUGAGCCGCCGCAGAGUGGAAAAGAAAGACGCGAUUCAUCGAAAUCUCGGGUAGAAACUCCGCCAGCGGGGGGGUUCCAGGCGAAUCGACGAAGGCUGACUUUACCUGGCGGGAGCGGUGGACCAAGGGAAGGCCGGAUUACUGCUUCGAGGGUCGAGCCUUUCAACGUAAUUAUCGAUUCAUUUAACGUCGUAGAAGCAGACAUUUACGAUACCGUCUUGGUUCAUCACAGAAGACUAUUGGUGCGGGCCUCGAUUCACGGCAAAUGGGACAGAAGAUCGACUCGGGAUGCAAAGGAGAGGGCAGGAGCUUCGAUCAAAACUCUGAUCGAUACCACCACCGCUUCCGGCUGGUUGGAAGGAGAAUUGCCUGUCCUGACAUCCGAGGGCAAGGCGGGAAACGAUCGAGACUACGCGCCUUCUAGCGCCUUACCCAGAUGGAAGGUCGAUCUUCCAAGAUACAUUGCUAAACUAGUACCCUACGAGGAUGCGAUCACUGCUGUGAGACGAUUAUUUCAGGAGGCGGAAGAUGAAGCUCAAUGCGAGUUUUCGGGAAACGAGGAGCGCGCUCUGAAGCUCAUGGCGAGUCACGAUCUUCAACAUUUCGAGGGCAACGACCAAUGCGAUCACUGUCAGUCUGGGAAGAAGAUGUUCAAGCAUAUUCCUGAGGACAUGCAGCGCCUGCCAUGUCUGGGCAUGAUGGGACGGCCGUGCGUGCUUUGCACAUUGCUGAGGAGCGGCUGCAGUUUCACCGGUCGAGCAGGCGGCGGUAAGGUCGCCCCUGUCUACGCGAACGCUACACCUCGAUCCCAUAGAGAUGAGGAGUGCACAGACAUCGUGCGAGAGAGAGAAGAGACCGCUGUCUCGGCGCCGAGAUUCAGGGAGGCCGUCGACAAGCGAGAACUUGAGGACAUGGUGGAGGUCAUCGAGGUCCCCUCCCAAUCGCCAUCUCCCUUGCUCAUCGCAGCUGAACCGGUAAAGACGUAUAAAGCGGCAAAGAUGAACCAACCGACAGAGACGGAACAACCGGCAGAGGCGAACAAACAGGCAAAGACGGAUAUGAGCGUCAGGAUAACUCCCUCGAUCAACCCAGACACACUGUCUACUACGCUUGAAGACAUCCAGCGUCAUAGAAGGGCUCUCUGGCGCAAGACAGUCUCUACUGCGACCUUCCUGAUGAAGGUACAACCGGAUAUACAUUCGACCGGUGGCAUAACCAUUGAUGAGGUACCUGAUCUCAUGAAGGAGAUGAUCGAAGAGGUGGAUGCGUUAAAAGGUAUGGCAAAAGGGAUCAUUGACGAAGUGAACGAAUAUCAAAGUGGCUUGCGAGGUUGA